AUGAGCCGCCUCCGUCGAUUCGUGAAUCUGCUGGUGGAGAGUAGUGGAGGCCUCUACUCACUCCGCCGCAUCGACCUCUCCCGCCACCCGCUCUUCUACCCGACUCCGGCCGCUGCCGCCGCCGCGGGGCCGCGUGAUCUGCGCGUGCAACGAGAGGAGGAGUACGAAUUCCAGUGGCCCAAGCUGAACGACGACGACGAGAGGAGGAGGAAGAAGAAGAUGAAACGACAUGAGGCGGUGGAGACCUUGCGGCAGCUGCCGUCGAUCGUCAGCAUGGCGCCGUCUCCCCCAACUCCGGCGGGAGGAUUCGGCUUCGACUGCUUCCCUCUCGCUGAGUCGGAGAGCAAGGUCGUCUUCGCCGACCACGCCGGCCGCGCCUUCCUCUACGACGCCGACGGCAACCGCUUCACCGGCAUGCCCAGCCUCCACGCUCCCAAGGGCGACUCCCCCGUCGCCGUCUCCAUUGCCGCGCAGGGCGAGGAAGAAAGCAAGCUCUACGUCAUGGAAAACACCCUCCGCCCGGAGAGCAGCGGCGGCGGCGGCGGCGGCAGCUUGUUCCAGUUCGAGGUGUUCGACCAUCGCAAGCCCGAGCCAACGUCGCCGCCGUGGGAAAAGUACUGGCACUGCGACCCGCUCCCGCCGCCGCCGUUCGUCUUCGACUCCGGCGGCAUGGUGGAGUCGUACGCGGUGAUCGGACACGUCAUCGUCGUGUCCGUCAGCGAUGUGGGCACCUACUGCUUCGACACGGCGAGCCGGAGCUGGAGCCGCGCCGGCGAGUGGGCGCUGCCGUUCGCCGGCAAGGCGGAGUACGUCCCGGAGCUGAAGCUCUGGUUCGGCAUAGCAGCCAAGGGCGAGUGCUCCCCGUGCGCCGCCGACCUCUCCCCCGUCGCGAGGGGCGAGCCGCCGUCGCCGGGGUACAUCUGGGAGGACCUUGACCUGCCGGAGGAGUGGGAGCCGAGCUGGGGCUCCCACCUCGUCGUCCUCGGCUCCGGCAGGUUCUGCAUCGCCAGGUUCUUCCAGCUCGCGCGAACCGAUGACAACAUCAUGAACGACCACGUCGAGGACAUCACCUUCCCGGUGUUCACCGGACUGGAGGUGCUGCCUCCGGCUCCGGCGACGGCGACCGGCGAUGGCGGCGGAUCAGGCGAUCAUCGGAAGGAAGGGCUCCGUAUGAUCAAGCACAAGUCGAGGCGUUACGCCGAGCUCGACGACGAUGGCAUUAGAAGCGUCAAAUCCGUGCUCUAA